AUCAUGGCGACUCUCGGCGGCAGUCGUGGGGAUCGUCUCGGCAAUUCCAACCAACACAAGUCUUCUCUGGCUUCUCCGGAGAAAGUUCGUCAACUUCUCAGCGAGGGGGUCUCUUCUACAAACAACGGCGCCAACAGUGGACCAAGAGAUGUGAAUGUUCUGGAAGUAAAAAGCAACACUCAAGCACCUUGCGAGGCAACGAACAAAGAAGCUUUUUUCUCAAGAGUGGAAUCAUAUUCAUGUUUGAAAUGGGCAGGCAAACCCCGCAUACUGUCCCCUCUGAUGUGCGCCAGAUAUGGCUGGAUCAACGUUGGCUGUGAUAUGCUCAAGUGCUCCAGCUGCCAGGCUUUCCUUUGUGCUUCACUACAACCAACAUUAGACUUUGAAAAAUAUGAAACCCGCAUUGCAGAGAUAUCGCGCCAGCUUCAGACGCAGCAUGAGAAGUUUUGUCCUUGGCCUGACUUUCCAUGUCCAGAGCGGCUCUGGCUGGUUCCAGCUUCUGAACCCUCGACACUUCUCACUGCCUUUUUGGAGCGCUUCCAGAGCGCCUGUCUUCUUGCACAGCAGCUGCCAGCGAUGAAGCCGGAGCAGCUGAAGUCCAUGUCUUUGACAGAGGACGUUGUCAGUGUUAUACUGCAGCUGAUUGAGGAAGAACAAAAAAGAAAGGGAGGGACUCCACGUUCUGAAUCUUUGGCUGUCCAGGUGUCUGCAUGCAUUGUUUCUCUCUGUGGCUGGGCAGCAAGCCCAGCACUGCACGCCAUGAACCUGCCCAUCCUCACCUGCUCAUACUGUAUGCGCAAGGUGGGCUUGUGGAACUUUCACCAGAUGGAGGGAAUGGCAGGUGAUGGAGAUGGCUCACCAAACACUGUAGGACCCUCUGUUCAGGCUGCAGGUCCUGCCUCAGCAGCCACCCAUGAGGGCCAAGGAGACAGGGACUCUUCAUGUACGUCUCCUACACCAGCUACAACUCCAUGCCGCAUGAAACUGAGGAGCCAGGACUCCACCCGAUCUGACCAGGGUGAGGGCACCUCGUCUCCCGUGGCCUCGCGUGCCCGAAGCAGAGACUCACCCAGCCCCAGUGAAGAGCUGCCAAGCCCUUUGACCAGAGGCAAGAGGCCCGCAACUCGCAGUAGAGGACAAGGAGACGGCUCUGGGACUGAUGGCGCUGCUAGCCUGCACACUCCCAAACGCCUGUGCCUCUCAUCAGCUGGUGGUCCUGAUGGGCCCCUGCACAAGAAUGCUUUUGACCCCCUCGCUCAGCACAGGGACUGGUGUCCCUGGAUCUCUGUGGGAAAAGAGAAUGUGGAUCCGGGGGUUACCUCGUUUUUGGACGGAGGCUCAGCACUUCAUCAGCAGGGCUGGAAGGCUGCGCUCGACCUCCUCAUGCCCACAAAGAAGAACUCCAGCACAGAGGGAGGCAGUCCAGGACAGGGCCCUCGUGACAAAUCUAAAAGGGUGUUUGCUAUAUUCCGUCAGUGGCAGGUAUCCUCUCCUUCUCAGUAGACUGUUUGCAUACAAACAGCAUCACACCGCUGAAUUGAUGAACUGACCUGCCAUCUUUUUGUGGUUCAGAGUCCAUCUUACGAAUGACAGGAAUGUCAUAUCUAAUCAAUGUAUGCCAUCCGUUAAAGUCGUGUUUACAGUCAAAGUGUUUCCAGAGGGAAAUGAAGUUCAUUGUGUUUAAGCAAAUGAAUGAGUGUCGUCUCUGUGAACAGUGUAAAAUGUGAAGGAGGCCUGUGGGUUUUUAAAAGUCUGCUACAUGAAAACUGGGAUGUGCAACUACUGGGGCCUACACAGGCCUUGGAUCAUCAUACAUAAGUAGUCAUCAUGUCAUAGAACAUCUCGGUACAUAAAUAGGCCACAUGUAAGGCAUGUACUAUUGACCUCACAUGAAGUCUGCUUUGGUAGUCCUUAGUGGCAUGGAUUUCUGUGGAACACAAGACGAGGAAUCCUUCAUCGUGAGAAAGGGCCAAAUGGCUCUACACUGGAAAGACAAUGUUUACCUUCACUGUAUGUUGAGUCAUUUGCAGGAGUGGUAAACAUUAACCUCAGAUUAGCACAAACUGUGAGGAAGCUCUUUUUAUGUGUGUACUGUUUUGCUUAAAAGCAAGGUAGUUCUCUCAGAAGAGAACCUAAUCUUUUUGGAGUAGUAAAAUGCAUGUUUUUAUGUAGUCCGUGCUAAAGUCCUGAUUGUUACAGGCAGGUAGAACGAUGUGCCACAAAUGUCAAACCUGUUUUAAAGUAGAUUCAGGACACCUGAACUCCUUUUUUGCCUUCUUGUGACAUCUCAUUGCUAAUGAAGCCCUUGCUAUUCUGCAUGAGUUUUUAUCUUCAUAGACUUUCCUGAAAGAGUUUAAUAAACAGCUCCU